GGCCACUUGUCUCCGCUGACUGUCACGCAUGCACAUGCAAGAAAGUCGGACAGCCUCAGCAUUCUUACUUUUCACCCUGGAGGGCACGGGAGCGCAAAGACAGCUCUUCAUCAUGAGGUCCUUCUCCCUACUGCUCUUCACCCUGUUGCUGGUGUCCCACGGAUCUUCAGCAGUCAUCACAGGGGCCUGUGAGAAGGACUCUCAGUGUGGAGAAGGCAUGUGUUGCGCGGUGAGUUUGUGGAUCCGCAGCCUGCGUAUGUGCACGCCCAAGGGACAGGAAGGAGACGAAUGUCACCCUCUGAGCCACAAGGUUCCUUUCAAUGGGAAAAGACUCCACCAUACCUGCCCCUGCCUGCCCAACCUGUUGUGUAUCAACACAGAGGUGAGGAGAUCCAAGUGUCUCCCACCAUACAAGUAUCCGGAUUACUACCUCUGAGGACACUUACAGUUACACUGUUUGCCACGCCCAACAUGUUUUGUUUUGUUUUUUAUUUUAUUUUGAAUAAAGAGAUAUAUUUCAUAGCGCAUCAUCAUUUGGUUCAGGUUGAAUUCACCAUCUAUUUAAAAGAUAAAGCCUCCUUGAAUUUUAGAACCAAUA